GCCGCUGACCCUGCCCGACUUCUUUAAGGAAGCUGGGCCAGGAGCCCAGCGGGAGUGACUUGCCCAGGGUCGAAGAGGUGAAGUCACUUGUGCUGGAGCGUUACUUUGCAAGUGUUCCUGGGACUCGGGCCCCCAGAGGACAGUCCUGGGCAGGGAAAGGCUGACCUGCUUCUCCUCUGGUGCCCAUGUACUGAUUGAUUGCUGCCCCCCCGUGAUGCGCUGCAGAAGACUGAGCCUGGGCCUGGGGUCCUGCCUGCUAGUCGUUGUGAGCCUGUGCUUUGGAUGGGUGUAUGUUGAGAACUGGCUGCCUGUCUACUAUGUCCCCUAUUUCCUCCCUUGCCCUGAGAUCUUUAACAUGAAGCUGCAGUACAAGGGGGAGAAGCCGUUCCAGCCUGCGGCACAGUCAAACUACCCACAACCCAAGCUGCUAGAGCAGAGACCCACAGAGCUGCUGACACUCACGCCCUGGCUGGCACCCAUUGUAUCGGAGGGGACCUUUGACCUGGCGCUUCUGCAGAGCAUCUAUCAGCCGCUGAACCUGACCAUCGGGCUCACAGUGUUUGCUGUAGGGAGGUACACCACCUUGAUCCAGCCCUUCCUGGAAUCGGCUGAGGCAUUCUUCAUGCAGGGCUACCAAGUGAACUACUACGUCUUCACUAAUGACCCUGAGGCCAUACCCCACGUGCCGCUAGGCCCUGGCAGGCUCCUCAGCAUCAUCCCCAUCCAGGAUCACUCCAGCUGGGAAGAGAUCUCCAUGCGCCGGAUGGAGACCAUCAGCCAGCACAUUGUCAGGAGGGCGCACCGCGAGGUGGACUACCUCUUCUGCCUCGAUGUGGACAUGGUAUUCAGGAACUCGUGGGGCCCUGAGACCCUGGGGGACCUGGUGGCUGCCAUUCACCCGGGCUACUAUGCCGUACCCCGCCAGCAGUUUCCCUAUGAACGCAGGCACAUCUCCACUGCCUUUGUGGAGGACAGUGAAGGGGACUUUUAUUAUGGUGGGGCGGUCUUUGGGGGCCGGGUAGCCAAAGUAUAUGACUUCACCAGGGGCUGCCACAUGGCCAUCCUGGCAGACAAGGCCAAUGGUAUCAUGGCCGCCUGGCAGGAGGAGAGCCACCUGAACCGCCGCUUCAUCUCUCAAAAGCCCUCCAAGGUGCUGUCCCCUGAGUACCUCUGGGAUGACAGUAAGUCCCUGCCACCCUCCCUGAAGCUAAUCCGCUUUUCGACCGUGGAUAAGGACACCAAGUGGCUGAGGGGCUGAUGGCAGAGCAAGGCCUGCCACAUCCAGAGACCCAAAACCUUGUAGCCAGGUCCUCCUAGCGGAGCACCUGGGUCCCCUGGGGCUCCCAGCAGAGCACCUUGCAUCAGGGUCUCUUCAAGCUGCAGGUGGCCACCAGCCCUGCCCUGCUUACCUCUGCCUGCCAGGAGAAUCCUGCCAGAACAUGGAUGGGAGAAGCCCUUUGUGAACAGGAAGAUCUUGGCCAGCACAACCCUCAGCUGAUUGACUAACAGACUAAGGUGGGACAGAAAGGCUGAGCGAGACCCAGGAAGGAGCCUUGGAAAUGGGAGGGAUCUAAGCCAGCCGUGACCAGCUGCAUCCUUUGUUAAGAGGGCUUGAGCCAGUUUUAAUAAAGUUGGUAUGUGGUGGACCCUU